AUGACCAAACCCAUAGCUGCCAAUAUUGAUGGGAAAAAAUCCAGUUUGUAUGAUGAAACUAAAACUUUUUGUGAAAGUUUUGAAAAUAUUAUGCUACCUCUAAAAUUCAUUAGAGAAGGAUGUUUGUCAAAAUUCAUUAAAAGUGGUACUCAGCAAUGCAUGUUUUUCUUGUUCAGUGAUAUCCUGCUUUGCACUCUCCGUACUCACGAUGGUCGACUUUCCUUCAAAGUUCAAGGCUUAUUUCCUCUGAAAAGCUUGAAAAUACAAGAAACUGGGGAUAAGCUUGGUUUUACUCAUUGUUUUAUUUUAUGCAGUCCUGAAAAACAUCUAUACCUCGCUUCACCCUCGUCGGAAGAGCAUACCAAAUGGAUGAGGGAUUUGCAGAAUGCUAUUGCAAGUCAGCUGCCCUGCAAAUCAUCCCCCUUUUCCCUAGAGGAGGAGGAAGAGGAAAUAAGAGAUGUUGGCCAACAUAUUAACACGUCCAUUCAUAUCUGUUGGCAUCGAAACAUAAGCAUCAGUUGUGCUGACUUGUAUCUUUCGAUGAAGAAUAGUCUUAGUGGAUAUCUGUUGAGGAAAUUUAAGAAUAGCAGUGGUUGGCAAAAAGUGUGGGUUGUGCUGGCAAACUUAUGUUUGUUUUUCUACCGGUCAUAUCUGGAUGAAAGUCCCCUAGCUAGCCUUCCUUUAGCAGGUUACAAAAUAAUGACUACUUCAAGUAAUGAUUUGGUUUCUGGAGAUUAUUAUUUUGAUUGUGGCUUAUAUAAAAAUGGUUCGUAUGGUUGGUACUUAUCUGUUAUUGGGGGCAUGAGUAGGUGA